AUGCCCCUGCUUGAACCCGGCGCAACCGCGUAUGGAACGUUUGACGAUAUGCGACGAGAUACCGAGCACGAGGGCGAGAACCUCCUCCCAGAGGGAUAUGAAAGUGAUGAUGGCGCGAGUGCGGUGACAUCCGUUGAUUCGGUCCAGGAAGGAGUAAGGAAGAUUGAGGCUAUAAACCUCACAUGGACAACUCGAACUCUGGCCAUAGCUUAUAUUAGCAUCUUCCUCAUGGCCUUUUGUACUUCUCUGGAGGGCCAGACUAUCAUGUCACUCUCCGCAUAUGCGACCAGUGCAUUCAGUAAACACUCCCUGAUCUCCACAGUUCUCGUGGUUCAGAAUGUGGUUAACGCCGUGAUCAAGCCACCAAUGGCCAAGGUCGCCGACGUUUUUGGCCGCUUUGAAGCAUUCUGUGUCAGUAUCUUAAUCUAUGUUCUCGGCUACAUCCAAAUGGCUGCUUCAACAAACGUUCAGACUUAUGCCUCCGCUCAGAUCUUCUAUGCAGCGGGCUCGACAGGCUUGCAAAUCCUCCAGCAAGUGUUUAUUGCUGACAGCAGCAGCCUUCUCAACAGGGCACUGCUAGCACUGCUACCGGAGUUGCCCUUCCUCGUCACUGUUUGGAUAGGGCCCACGAUUGCUGACGCCGUACUCCGCCACACGUCAUGGCGAUGGGGUUACGGGAUGUGGUCAAUCAUAUUACCCGCCUCGUUUCUUCCCCUAGCCCUCUCACUGCUGUUCAACCAACGGAAAGCUAAACGACUCAACUUGAUCAAACAGAAGCCUCACCACCGGCGCGGAUUUAUUGCAACGGUCCGUCGUACAUGGUAUGACCUCGAUAUCGGUGGGUUGACCCUGCUUUCCGCAGCAGUCACAUUGAUCCUAGUGCCCCUGACCCUUGCCGCCAAUUCGAAGAAUGGAUGGAAGAGCAACAGCAUCGUCGCGAUGAUUGUAGUGGGCCUCAUUUGCCUCUUUCUUCUUCCUUUCUGGGAGUCGUCGAAGAGGCUUGCGCCCAAGCCUCUUUUGUCCCUUCAUCUCCUUAAGCAGCGGACAGCCCUUGCAGGCUGUUGUCUCGCGUUCUUUUACUUUAUGGCAUUCUACUUUUCGGUUCAGCCAUACCUCUACUCUUACUUGCAAGUGGUUCAAAAUUACGAUGUUGCUACAGCCGGCCGCGUUACUCAGACCUUUGCAUUCACAUCGACAAUUGCUGCUUUUGCAGUUUCGAUUCUUAUAAAAUAUACGCGCCGCUAUCGAAUUUACGUGACAAUCGGCUGCGUGGUCUACACUCUAGGCCUAUUGAUGAUGCUUCUAUACCGCAAAGAGGGCAGCUCGCCCGUACAGGUCCUGGGAACGCAAAUAAUAGUGGGCAUGGGCGGCGGGUUGCUCAAUGUUCCCGUGCAGUUGGGUGUUCAAGCGUCCGCCAGCCACCAAGAGGUUGCUGCUGCGACGGCGAUGUUUUUAACUUCGAUGGAAAUGGGAGGCGCCGUAGGCGCUGCCAUCUCCGGGGCAGUCUGGACUCACAAUAUCCCGCGCAAGCUGCUCCUUUACCUUCCCGAGGAGCACAAAUCCGAAGCUCAGGAAAUAUUUGGCAAGCUAACCAAAGCCUUGUCUUACGAAAUGGGCUCCCCGGUCAGGGCAGCCAUUAAUCGUUCGUACCAAGAGACGAUGAAUAAGUUGUUGGUACUGGCUUUGGUAGCCACUGUUCCGCUGAUUCCGCUCAGUCUUCUCAUGUCCAACUAUAGGUUGGAUAAGAUGAGCGAGACCUCGGGUCAUCAGCCGAUUCCACAAGAUGAGCGCGACCCAACGGAACGAUCAAAGCGAACGUAA